UGUGGGCGCAUGCGCUCUCGGCUCGCUCAGCGGCUGCCGUGGGAGCCUUCAGACGCGCGGAGUCCUCAGAGCGUCUGGCAGAAAUGUCUAAUGCAAAAGAAAGAAAACAUGCUAAGAAAAUGAGACACCAGCCCACGAAUGUCACUUUAGCCUCUGGCUUUGGGGCUGACAGAGGUGGAGUGCGUCAAUUUGGAGGAGGGAGACCUUCCCAAUCUCAAAAACAAGAGCUUCAUUCUGGAACCUCCCAGCAAUUGCAAGUGAAGACGAGUCCCCACUUGCUUCCUGAGUCUGAUGUGAAUGAGCAAUCUUCCUCCAAAAUCAUGUUCAAGAAAAAGGGAGGCUGGAAAGCAGGUCCUGAGGGCACAUCUCAGGAGAUCCCCAAGUAUAUAACUGCUUCUACAUUCGCCCAGGCACGAGCAGCUGAGAUCAGUGCUAUGUUAAAAGCCGUGGCCCAGAAGUCGUCUAAUUCACUGGUUUUCCAGACCCUUCCAAGGCACAUGCGACGUAGAGCCAUGAGCCACAAUGUCAAACGCCUCCCUAGACGGUUGCAGGAGAUAGCCAAAAAAGAGGCAGAGAAAGCUGCUCACCAGAAGAAAGAACAUUCAAAAAAUAAAUGCCACAAAGCCAGGAGAUGUCACGUCAACCGGACGCUGGAAUUCAACCGUAGACAGAAGAAGAAUAUAUGGCUUGAGACUCACAUCUGGCACGCCAAACGGUUUCAUAUGGUGAAGAAGUGGGGUUACUGCCUUGGGGAGAGGCCCACGUCCAAGAGCCACCGAGCCUGCUACCGCGCCAUGACAAAUCUCUGCCUCCUGCAGGACUUAUCGUAUUACUGUUGUUUGGAGUUGAAAGGCAAAGAGGAAGAAAUACUGAAGGUGCUUUCUCAGAUGUGUAGCACAGACACAGGACUGACUUUUGCUGCAGUUCACUGCUUGUCUGGGAAGAGGCAAGGGACUGUCAUGCUUUACCGGGCAAAUAAGUAUCCCAGAGAAAUGCUUGGGCCUGUUACGUUUAUUUGGAAGUCUAAGAAGACCCCAGGGGAUACUUCUGAGGAUAGGCAGUUGUGGAUCUGGCUUCAUCCAACUCUUAAACUGGCUGUCCUGGAGGAAAUGAAAACUAUGUGCCACUGUUCAGAAUCCAUCAACUCAAGUGUCAGUGUUCCUGACCCACUCCUGACACCAGCCCAAGAAGAAAGUCAGCCUGAACUAGCGGACGACAAAAUUGGCAAGAAAAGAAAAAGGAAAGAUGAUGAAGGAAGUGCUAAACCAACUAAGAGAACUAUCGGUGAUGGGACUAGAGACCCGUGUCAGCCACGUUCGUGGGUCUCUCCUACUACAGGGAUUGUCAUCAGUGAUUUGACAAUGGAGAUGAACAGGUUCCGGCUGAUUGGUCCUCUUUCCCACUGUAUCCUGACCUCGGCACUGAGGGCUGCUCCUCUGCACACAGGGGAAGAGGAUGCAGAGGAGACACCCCAUCACUGGUGGAGUGACACUUCGAAGAGCUCUGAUGGAGUUUUCCUUCAUCAAAGACAAGAAGCAGUGUUUCAGUUGUUGGGAGGGAUAUCGUCACCAGCGGAAAUCCCUGCAGGUUCUAUUCUGGGGUUGACAGUUGGGGAUCCGAGAGUAAAUUUGCCACCACAGCGGUCUAGAGCUUUGCCACAUCUGGAAAGAUACCAAGAUAAUGAGCAAGUUAGACAGCUGCUUCUGGAGGGUGUGCCCUUGGAGUGUGCGCAUAGCUUUAUCUGGAACCACGAUAUCUGUAGGAGUGUCACAGAGAAUAAAAUCUCAGAUCAGGAUUUAAACCGGAUGAGAAGUGAAUUGCUGGUGCCAGGCUCACAGCUUGUUUUAGGGCCUCGUGAAUCCAAAAUACCUAUCCUUUUGAUCCAGCAGCCAGGGAAAGUGACUGGUGAAGACCGCCUGGGCUGGGGAAGUGGCUGGGAUGUACUCCUUCCCAAGGGUUGGGGCAUGGCUUUUUGGAUUCCAUUCGUCUACCAAGGUGCAAGAGUUGGGGGUUUAAAAGAGGCUAUGGUGCAUUCUCAGUAUAGAAGGUCACCUAACAUCCCAGGUGACUUCCCAGACUGCCUUGCUGGGGUUCAGUUUGCUGAAGAGCAAGCUAAGGAUCUUCUGGAAAAGUACAAAAGACGCCCUCCUGCCAAAAGGCCCAACUAUGUUAAGCUUGGCACACUGGCACCUUUCUGCUGUCCCUGGGAGCAGCUGACUCAGGACUGGGAGUCCAGGGUUCAGGCCCCGAUGCCUGGUGUCCAGGACGACCCAAGGCGACUCGGAGUGACUUUUGUCCCUGAAGAGAUCUGUCAGUUGUCUAAUGAGGCAGGCAUAUCUGGAAACCACCCCACGAAGCCAGAAGUCUCAGGCUGUGAGGCACAGGCAGGGACUGAAGUAGUCCUGGGGCCGGGUGCCAGUGAGAGCCACAUUGCUGCCACCGGUAGCCAGCUCUGCGUUCUUCGGAAUAGGAAAUUACUGAGACAGCUCUCUGCUUGGUGUGGGUCGGGUUCUGAGGCCAGGCAGGCUCCUUGCAGAGGCCAGCAAGAAUUGACCAGAAAGGCCUGCUCGUCCAUUCUGGACGAUUUCCCCAGAGCCCUGGUGUGGGUCAGGCUGUCCCUGCUCAGGAAGGGCAGCCCCGAGCCUCGCACCAUGAUCUGUGUCCCAUCUGAGGAGGACCUACUCCAGCUCAGGCAGGAUCAGUGUUACCAUGGACCCCGGGAAUCUAAACACAGCGACCCAUUUAAGAGCCUGAUUCUGAAACAGAAAGAAGAGAGGAAAAUGGAGAAGCGGCAGAGCCAAGAACACUCAGUCCCCAGGGGCCCGGUGGCGGGGGCGCCCGCGGCUGGGCAGGCAGCUCUGACACAGGGGCUGUGGUCAGGACCUCUCCCAGGACUAACUUCACACUGCUCCCGCCUCCUCCUGGGCUUUGUUACACAGGGAGACUUUUCUAUGGCUGUUGGCUGUGGAGAAGCCCUGGGCUUUGUUAGUGUGACCGGCUUGCUGGAAAUGCUGUCCAGCCAGCCGGCGGCCACAAGGGGCCUGGUGCUGCUGCGACCUCCCACCUCGCUGCAGUAUCGGUUUGCGAGAGUUGCCAUUGAGGUGUGAAUUCGGGGUCACGGCAUGGCUGCAUAUAGAUUAUAGCUAUGUUUGUCAAGUCCCAUAGAGAGUGCUGGCUGACUUAGGCUACAAUGUGAAAACUGCUAAGAAACAAGAAUUAAAAUUAUAUAGAUGAUAAUCUCUU